AUGCUACCACCUCCUGGCAUGCUUCCACCACCUGGCAUGUUCCCUCCUGGUAUGCCUCCCCAUCCAGGCAUGCCUCCACCUCCGAGAAUGCCUCCAUGUCUUCCUCCCCCGCCUAAAUUCAUGAAUCAAGGAUCAGCACAGCCCUCUGAACAACAAAAAUCGUUUUUCCCUGGUGCACCGCCCGCUCGACCUGUACCUCCUGGUCCUGGUCAGGUACCUUCUGCGACUCCAAAAAAACAGUCAAAACGUACGGAUGGUCAGCCGGAUUAUGUGACCACUGUUGGAACUGGUGCACUUCCUCCUCCACGCCCUUUUUUGGGAACAUUUGCGCCACUUCCCAGUCAGAUGGGGCAGGCAAAUGACUCGAAGAGCACCUUCAUCACACGGCCUCAACCAGGAUCCGCAGGAGGGCGAUCGGGUCCUAGAAAUGGUCCUCGAACGCCAAGUCCGAUGUUUCGAAAAAAGCAGCAAGAUGAAGAAAUUGAAAGGCUCAAAAGAGAUAUCGAAGAGCAAAAGCGUCGAGCAGGGCUUCAAACGAAGCAGGAUUCUGCAAAGGAGCUGGUCUGCCAGAAGGAGAUUCCGGCAAAGCCGGACCGUCCGGACCGUCUUCUUCUUCCAAAGGUUUGCAGGCUACGGUACUUCUAUUUUUCGAUAGUACAAUCGAAGCCACUACGUAAAUUUGUAGGCAAAGGCGAUGAUAAUGAUGCAAUGGAUAUCGAUGCUGGAGAAUCAGAAGACGAACCAGCGGAAGCUGCUGAAAGCCAGAAGAGUGCAGCUGAAGGAAAACCUCCCAACGAUAUGGCUGGUGAAGGUCGUGGAGGAAUCGUCGUCCCUGGCAUGCGAGGUCCACCUUUUCCUAUUCCGCCAGUCUGGUCCCCAGAGGAAUAA